UACACCUAGAAAUUUCUGGUAAAAUAAACGUUUUGUAUAAAUAUUCAAUUGGCUGGCGAAAUUCAUCAGUUUAUUUGAAAAUUUAAAGAACCACAGAAAAGCAAAGUUCUCUUAAGUAAAAAUAUUUUUAAAGUUUUUAAAUAUUUUAUUAAUAUUUUUGUUGCAAAGUAAAGAAAAGUAAAAAAAAGUGAACAAAAAUGUCUUCAUUGCAAUUGCUUUUGGAUUUGGCUGAUAGCCUCAAUUCCAUCUCUUCGCCAUCUUCACCAUACUACAACAAUCAAUACAAUAGUGAUUUCGGUUUGGGUUUGAAUCCUUAUCAAAUUCAACAAUACGAAAGUCCCAGAAUAAUACGUUUACCAUUGGGUGCAUUGCAAAGCCGUUUGGAGAACCAGCCAAUAAUCCAAUUGCGUCCUAAAAACUCUGGUUUAAUUUCAAACAUUGGAAAAGAUGGUUUCCAGGUUUGCAUGGAUGUCCAGCAAUUCAAACCAAGUGAAUUGUCCGUUAAGGUGGUAGAUAAUUUUGUUGUCGUCGAGGGUAAACAUGAAGAACGAGAAGAUGACCAUGGAUUUAUCUCAAGACACUUUGUCCGUCGAUAUGCUCUGCCAAGGAACUAUGAUUCGGACAAAGUUCUUUCGACACUAUCAUCGGAUGGCGUUUUGACAGUGAGCAUUCCAAAGCCAACUAUAGAAAAUAAACAAAACGAAAAAAUUAUACAAAUUCAACAAACGGGACCAGCACAUCUGAAUGUGAAGGAGAAUGUUGAAGAGAAGCCCAAAGAUUCAAAAGCCAUCGAAGAAAAAAACGAUAAGAAAUAACUUUUAAGUCUGCGAAAAAAAUCCUUAUUUUUAGACUGAAAUUAUUAUUUAUACUAGAUUAUUUAUCAUUGUAUUAUUUAAUCCACUUUCCAUGAAAUAAAAA